AUGACAACCGUGAAGAGCAGUUCGGCGGACGCGAAUCCGGCCGAUAAUAGCAAAUCGCCCCUCUCAUCAUCUUCCUCUUCGUCGUCGUCUUCGGAUUCCGACGAUGGGUCGGACUCGUCCAGCGAUUCCGAUUCCUCUUCGGCAUCCACGAGCAAAACGAGUAGCAAGAAGAGUAAUAGUGGAGUCCCACCCGAGAAGCCGCAGCAGUUUAGUGUUAUGAGUUCCGACAGUGCCGGACUUCGAAUGAAGAUAGCCAUUCCUCGAAGCCAAUCCAAUGCCACACCAACGCCUUCUCCGACGAUCGGAGGGUCUCCCGUGCAAGGUAGCCAUCAACAAACGUGUCAACAGCCACGGGUACCAUCGCCGGCGGAUGGCCAAACUCAGCAGAGUGUCGGAGAUGGUGGCGUCCAAACAAGUAGCGCGUUACCGCCAAUACAAGGUGGACCGUCAUCUUCUGGCCCCGUAGGUGCUGGACCUAUUUGUGAUGGAAAGAGUGCCAUGAUUGAGUCGUCGGUAGGCCGGGGAGCAACGGUGAGCACCGUUGACUCGCACCAUCAUCAUCAUCAUCAUCGUCACCACCAGUCAUCAUCGACCUCGACGAACGCCAAGGUUGCUGAUGGAAAAAAGUUGAGAACCGAGAAUCGAACGCAUUCUGCCAAAGGGAUGAAACGAUCACCGGCCAGUGGCAUCGUGGUUUCGUCCGGUCGGCAGAAAAAGAACGUCUGUGAAAGUGAUUCGAGUUCUCCCAGUUCAUCCUAUUCCUCCUGCACAAGCAACAGUGACAGUGACUCUAGUAGUAGUGCGGGCGAUAGCCAUACUCAGCAUCAGCAACAUGGUAGUAAAAAGUCAGCCGGCAGAGGUCUCACAAGUGCAGCAACAAGAACGAUGAUGGGUACGACAAGAAGCAGUGGAACGGCUGCCAAGAAGCAAAAGAUGCUGAAACGGAAAAAGACGAAUCUGACAGUGUCAUCGAGCAGCAGCGACGAAGAUGACGAUAAACCGGCACCUAGUUGUGGCAGCAGUAGCAGGGGAGCCCGGAGUCGCACCAACGAUUCAACCGAAACAGACUCCAGCUUAUCGGAACCAACCACAAAAGCGUAUACCCUGCAGCAUCCGUCGAAGGGUGCCAAAAAGAUGAUCAGCGUUCCUGCUUCGUUCGGUGGUGAUUUUGGAGCAUGCGGAAAGGAUGGUCUUCUGACAGGUGAUACCGGUAUGCUCAUCAGGCCACCACUUUCGACGUCGACACCCGCCAAAUCGUGUCUCAAUUCCUCGGCGAACAGCACCGCCACGACGUUACUCGGUGGGACAUCCGUCAGUGCAGACGACGGUCUGACCGGUGAUGCCGAAGGAGGUUUUGGAUCGAGCGACAACGAACUUCCGGCACUGGUUAGUGCCGCUAUCCGGCGUGUGGAGAGUGGUUCCGAUGCGGAAAGUAUCCGCGGACUGUCUGGGGGCCCGACUCAGCAAUACACUUCGAGCUUGUUGCGCGAUUUUGUGGUCAAAACGCAAAUGUUGGGCUCCGUUAGCAGCACGGUGGUGGGAACAAACUCUACAGGGGCGGUAGGAGUUACGGUCAGUGGUCCCGCUAGUGGUGGCAGGUCUUCUCCUUGUUCGUCUUCAUCGUCCUCUUCGUCGUCAUCGGGCGGCUCAUCCUCGUCCACGUCCUCCGCGUCGUCGGUGGAUGAAGGAGCGGAUCCAGCAAUAGGAAGUGCCGGUCCGGGCCCGGGCGGAGGUAUUGAGUUGGAGGUGCUAAAAAUAAAGACCGAAUCACCUGCCCCUUCGAUGGGAUCAGGCUGUGGUCGAAAUACGCCCCUUAUGAACGGUGGCCUGCUGACGAAGGUGGACCAGCGAGCGUCACCAAUCGUUGCACCGAUCACCGCACCAUCUCCACCAACCGUCGUGCGCCGUCGUGGUCGUCCGCCGAAAUCCAGCCUGGCUGCUGUGCCGGCUUCGAAGGUCCUUCCUUGCAUCGUCAGUGAGUCGCCAGACUCGGGCAUCCUUUCGACGCACAGUUCGAGCGGGUCUCCUAAGACGGAGAAAACGAAGCUGGUACCUGGGGUAGUUCCGGCUGGUUCGUCACGUCGCAACAAAGCCGAAACACGUGAUUCUUCGAUCGUCACAGGAGGAUCAUCCGCGGCCACAGGAAUGGCACCCUCUUACGUUGCAACUACGGCAGCGACACUAUCUUCGGUGGGAGCUACGGGUAGUGGGCGAAAUGUCCACAGUAUCAACAGCAACAGCAGUAGCACGUCUUUUUCGCUUACAUCCUGCCUCGAUCGAAACACGUACGCCACCGAACGGGUCCUCUACCCGCCUCGAUCGGCCAAAAAGCGUGGCGUUGGGCGUCCACCAAAAGCGAAGGAUCCUGCGCAACGGGCAACCGGUGGCGGCGCUCCGGCAACCGACGAUCAUCUCGAUCCUCACUGGCAGAAGAUCGAUAUUAGUAAAAAGUUCCACGAACCACGGCUCAGUGGUUACAAAAGCGAUGGUGGCCAUUCGACGAUUUGCUGCAGCAAGCGGCUCGCGUCGCAGAGCGGAUACAUUAGCGAUUACGGUGGCGUGGCGACAGGGGGUGGUACUGGUGGCCGCAGCCGACUGUCCGGUUACAAGUCCGAUUACAGUUCACGAUCGAGGCGCAGCUGUCGAGGCGGUGGCUACCGGAGUGAUUACGGGCGAGCACGGAGCUGUGGAUAUCGUAGCGACUGUAGCACACGCCAUCGGAAGCAAGUACGCCGGAAACGCCGCAAGAAGAUCGCCACUGAUUCGCAGCACCCGCAGCAGCAGCAUCACAAUAAUAAUGUGAACGAUCGCAAGAAUAAUAAUGCAGGUGGCAGUGCGAUCGCUGGCGGAAGCAAGUCAUCGAGCGUUAGCGAACUGGACAUUAUGCUGCUUGCGGGUCUGACGCUCGGGAGUACGAGCGACGAGGACAGCUCCAGCACCAGUAGCAGCACUAGCACGAGUAGCAACCCGUGCGGUGCCGACAGCCGAGAGUCGCUUUGUUCCGAUAACGUUAGUGACGAAGUGGCGACCGCGAAGAAAGCCGAGCAAGCCGAUGGAAGGCGUCAGAGGGUGAGCGCGGCGGCUAACAAACGGAGUACCAACGCGAGUGCGGUGAUCUCUAAGCAACCAGCACAGCAGGUGCAGGCCCCGAAAAGCGUGCCACGGAAAGCGACGCAACCCGGACCGGGUCGUGGGAGAAAAGUGAUCGCAGCAGAGAGUGAGGAAGACGACGAAGUGCGGCGAGUUUCGGACCGAAGGUUUAGACCGAAAUCGUCGGUGGGGGCCACCGUCUCGGCAACGAAACCGAAACCACCGGUUGCUGCUCCGUGUUCGGUCGCCGCCACGGCUUCGGCAGCUUUGAAGCUCAAGUCAUCCGCAAGCGGCCCGCUUGCUGGUGCAGUAAUCGUCGGUGGUGUCGUUCGAAGACCGGGACAGCGGGGACGCCCUCCGUCGGUCAAGAAGCUGCAGAUGAAAGCCGCAGCAGAAGCGGCUGCGGCAGCCGCCAAAAGUGCAACCGGACUGGGACAGCUGUUAGCCCCGAAAUGUCACGCUAGCACGCCCCUAGUGCCGGUCAACAAUUUCGCCGCCGUCUUCAGCUCGAUGGUGAGCAGCAAACAGUCGGCGACUGGCGCUAGUGCGACAUCCGACGGAAUCUACAGCUUCAGCAGCACGACAGUGGGGACGAAGAAUGCAUUUGCCGCGUACCUGCUACGGGGCAACGAAGAUGAAAGUACCAACGAAGCGGAAACAGCGAGCGGCAACGGAAAGGUGGUCAAGAAGCUGCCCCUCUCGAGGGCGAACGUUAUAAAAAACUCGGAAGAAUGCAGCCGGCGGUUCCAGAAAACCAACUCCUCCACGUUUGCUGGGGGUCUCGUGGGUUCGAUCGAUCUGUUGGCCCGGAUCGCCGACGGCACGAUACCGAAGGCAUCGACCACGAAAUCGGUCUGCUCGAAGCGAAGCCGUCGGAAGAGCAUCAGCGAUCGAUUGGAGGUGAUGUCGGUGAAAAGCCACGGUGUGAUCGGUGCUGCUGGUGGUAAGAUCCGGCAGCGAAGGUUGAGUACGAUGAGCAGGUGCAGUAGCCGGUCGGCCGGUUCGAAGCACGCGACAGCCACUCGUCGACGGAGAAAGAAGCGUUUGCGAUCAAACUCGGUCGCUCCGGGUGCAACGAGCGCUAGCCUCGGCGGGCCUAUGGCCACCGGCUUGAAGGACGCAAGCACUGUGGGUGAGGUUACAACCUCGGAAGCGAAGAUCAACCUGGAGGUGGAACGAUUAAGCGAAAGCUUCGGUGUACUUUGCCGUAUCGAUACUGCCAACGGUGACGGACCGUCCCGCGUAGUCGAAGCAAGUGUCCCACAAGAAAACGCUGGCGUCGCUGCGGGAUCGGCUGGGGCGAGCGGACCUCCACCUCCGGGGAAGCCGCACCAAAGCAAGCGCUCGGUAAAGAAACGGAAAGCGUCGGAACACGUAACGAUAACGGAGUCACCGUCAUUGGCGGGUGCUGGUGGUACAGCGGGUGCCUUAGGCCCGGGUGGUGGUCCAGCUGGAACUGGUGGAACUGGAAAGCGACGAAACAAAAAGUCACUCCCGACGCAAAGCCCCGACGAUCACAAGUUGCCGCUGAAAAAGCGGCACUAUUUGCUCACUCCCGGCGAGAAGGGAAACAAUAGCGACAACAAUAGCGGAGUGGACGAAACGGGUGGUAGUGGAGUCGCGAGUGUUACCUCAGCAUCCACCGCCGCCGCCGGAAGCCACACGGUGAUCAAUCCAUGUGCCUUUGGAAGUGGCGGUCGACUGUCGGCUGGCUCGGCAUCGGCAGCGGUCGGAUCGUCUCUCUCUGGGACCGCAACGAAAGCCGUCACUCCCAAGAAACGGCAUCUGUUAAAGUCUCCCGAACCGGGACCCGUUCCAGUCGAUGAACUCCAUCUGCAGCAGAUUAAGUCGAGCGAUUCUCCGCUCACGAUCGUCAAUGGGUCGAUCGUGGGUCUGCUCGGUGAGCCCGGUAAGGCCGGAGGGUUAUUGUUGAGCGAAGUCGCCAGCAUGACGCUUGGACUUUCCAUGGCCAGCGGUGGCAAGAAAAAGCAUCACCGACAGCAGCAGCAGGAUGCGGGACAUCCGGCGUCGUCCUCAUCGAAAGAUCGUUCCGGUGGUGCUUCAGACCCUGCUGUUGGUGCCGCUCACCAUCAUCAUCACCACCACCACCAUCACCGUUCGACGCCGCCCUCGCGGCCCUCGGUCAUACAGUCGUCUUCCUCCAUUCUUCCAUCGUCCGGUGGGCCGCCUCCGGGUGUGUUUGAGCCCACCGUUGAUCUGGAGCUAGCCAUUCCACCGGCCGCCUCUAUCCCGUCGUUGAUUGCCAAGGUGGAAAUGCUCGAUUCACCGCGCCUAACCAAGGAAGGCACGACACCGGUCGGUAGUUCUUCGACCGGCAGCGUUGCAACGAAGCUCGAAUCAGCCGACGAUCUACUUACCACCACCGUUGGCCAAAGGAAGGCAGGACCCGGGGCCAGUGGCAUUUCGGGUGGAUUGCUCGCCACCGUUACGGGGUCAGUUUCGGAGAAGGUACUUGAGAAGCUGCUCACCAAAACCGGUGCUCACCAUUUGCUGCUGAAGAAGAAACGCAAAAAGCCCAACCGGACCGGCUUCCCGACGGUAAAGAAGAAGAAGAAAAAGCUUGGCGAAGGGGGGCCCACGGCCCUCGAACUCGACGGUAUGCUCGAGUUGAAGCCCGAACUUGGCCCGGAGUUGUUUGAUUCCUCGAACCUUACGCGCCACGUACCUUCCGAAGCGGAACGUUCCCGGAUGCGGGAGAAAGAGGCUUCGGGAGCGGCGACGACCUGCGAGCGGAUCCCGAAGGCUGGUGAACCGACGGAUAGUUUCAUCGAGCGGGCCGGUGUCGGACGACCGCGGCUUUCGGUGGUCAGUCUGGAAAAGCUUCAGGGCAAGCUUCCGCUUGGUGGACGCGAGGUUGCAACGACACCUCCGGCAACGGGUGGUGGUCGUGGCCGAAAGUCGAUCAAUCCGCUCGCUUCUGAGCAUCUUCAGUUGGCGCACCACCAUCGAGGCUCGCUGGAGAGGUCAAGGAGGGACGAUUCGUCACCCAGUGGUAGGAAGGGUAAAUCGAAGGCCGGAGCGAACAAAUCCGUGUCCUCUGGUGGUUCUGAAAUACCGAAAUCGAAGUCGACCUCACGAUCUUCCUCCGUCAAUCAACAGCAUCGUCUAUCGCCGGCCAAAGCUGGGGCAGUGACCGCAAGGGAGAGACUGGGAAAGGAAGGACGUUGCCGAAGCAAGAGCGUAUCCGCUUCCGUCGUGGUGGCUUCCUCCGAGAGGCUGCCUAAUAUCGUCAAGCUGGGCGAAAGCCUCGCCAAAAGUGCCGCGAAAGAGAACAAGGAAAAUAAUAAGCUCUCAGCAAGAUCGUCGUCGAUCGCCGCGGGGAAGAAAUCCUCCGCCAGGGAGCAGGCCGCACGGCCCGUGUCCUCUGCUGCUGAGACACCGCUAGACAUAUCACCGACGUCCGGAGUGAUCCGCCGAACGCGCAGUUCUUCAAUGGCGCUCGAUCCGGCAGAGUUCGGCAAACUGCCGCUGGCUGCUGCAGCAUCGGGCAGCGGUAGUGGAACUGUGGAGGAACAGGGAAGACACCCAACCACCGGAAGAGGCACAGCAGCGGGACUAGCCGCUGGUCAUCAUAAUGAGGAUUCGACGUCGCUGGAUUCGAUGCCACUGCUGAAGCGGGUCCACUCGCGUUCCAUCUCCCGGCUACAGUCCGUGAUUACACCGUCGUCCGAACCACCGCCGGUCAGCUCACCGAAAACUCCCGGGCGACCCAGAGGACGGCCCCGGACCACUUCACCGAGUCAGGUACCCCAGACACCGCAAUCGCCCAAGUCCGUUGGCCAGGGCCGUGGUCGCCCUCGAACGAUCCCGCUCGCAGUCUCGAAUCUUGCCGCGACGAAAGUGCCCGAUCGUGGUCUUUCUCCUGCACUCUCGUCCCCACCCGUAAGCCCGACCGCUGCCGGUACGCCAGGCCGAGGAAAGAAACUACGGCCAGACGGACGAAAGUCGGUUCCGGUGGUUGGCGAGCGCGGUGAGCCUAUCGAAAGUGCCCGGUUGGCCGGAAGCAGUGCUCGAAGCGCCACCAAAUCCGUCAUACCAAUGACGAUGCCGUGCGCCGUGCUUCUGUCGUCCCGCUUGAAACGUGGCAAGAGCGACGAAACGUUGCGCGAGCAAAAGUCGACCGAAAAACCAAGCAAAAAGUUGAAGAAAGCGGACACCAGCGGCAGUGGCCAGGAAUCGAUCGUGUUGCCGGGCGCGUCAUCUGCAGAGAUGAGCAACCCAACGACGCCUACGUCGGGUCACGCUACGCGCGCUAACGAUAAACGGGGACUCAACACGGCACCGAUCGUGGAACCGAUUGAUCCGGAGGAAACGGCCCACGCCGCCCAGCCAGCGAGCAGCGUCGAAGAACCGGAGCACGAUCCACUGCCACUCGACGAGGGUCCGUCGGAUUUCUUUCGUCUCCUGGAAACCCCGUCACCGUCGGCCUCGUCAACCGAGGGGCGCGAUGUGGUCACCGCUACCGGUUCCGGUGGUGCUGGUGGACUCGCAAAGGCAAAUCGGAAGCUUCCGCGUAAAAAGUACAUCGCCGCGGGUCUGUUUUCCGAUUGCUACAAGGACGACGGUACCGGUGGUGGCGGCGCAGGGCCGAAGGUACCACCGGAAACGCUCCUUCCACCGCCCGCUUACUGUGAGCGGUUCCUCCGACGGACGGUACGCGACUUCCAGCUACCAUACGAUCUGUGGUUGUUGCAGGAGAACGGCAAACUCCCGGGACGGAGUGCGGUGCCGAGCUGGAACUAUCGGAAGAUUCGGACCAACGUGUACUACGACGUGAAGUCGAACCCGUCGACGGACAAUCCGCAGUGCAACUGCCGGGCGGACAGUGGUUGCGGGGACGAUUGCCUCAAUCGGAUGGUAUACACCGAGUGCGUUCCGGAGCACUGCCCGUGCGGGGAUCGGUGCGAGAACACGAGCAUCCAGCGGCACGAGUACGCGCCGGGGCUGGAGCGAUUCAUGACGGAGGAGAAGGGCUGGGGCAUCCGGUCCAAGGAACCGAUCCGGAAGGGCACCUUCAUCAUGGAAUACCUUGGCGAGGUGGUGACGGAGAAGGAGUUCAAGGAGCGGAUGCGGUCCCUCUACCUAAACGAUACGCACCACUACUGUCUCAACCUGGACGGGGGCCUGGUGAUCGAUGGCCACCGGAUGGGCAGUGACUGCCGGUUCGUGAAUCACUCGUGCGCCCCGAACUGCGAGAUGCAAAAGUGGUCCGUGAACGGGUUGUUUCGGAUGGCACUGUUCGCUGCGCGGGACAUUCACCCGUACGAGGAACUGUGCUAUGAUUACAACUUCAGCCUGUUCAACCCGUCGGAGGGGCAACCGUGCCGGUGUGGGUCCGAACACUGUCGCGGCGUGAUCGGAGGAAAAUCGCAGCGCAUCAAACCAGUCCCGUUAGUGUCGGGCGGAAUGUCGGAGGCUGCAAAUGGAGAAUCUGCUCCGACGGGGUCCAGCGCUCAGGGUGGAGAUGCUACGACCGGUGCCGGCAGUUCGUCCUCCGGAGGCGCACUAGUGGUCGAGUUGAGCCCGCGAAGUGCUGCACGAUCGCGCAAACGGCAAGCGAAAAAGAACCAACCCAUUGCGCACCUGAAUGGAGCGCCGAUUCCCACGUUUCAUCCACCGACGGCCAAGGAGCGAAGUCUCAUCGUCGAGCACCACUGCUUCCUGUUGCGGAAUCUCAACAAAAUACGCAAGCAGAAAGAACGCACCGCGGCCCUGACAUCGGCAGCGGCGACGGUAUCCGGUACCGGGACGAGCUCGUCCACCAGUGGCCUAUCGCCCGGGCAGGAGUUGGGUGGAACCGCCGGUGAGCAAGCACCGGGUGGCACCGGGAAACCCUCGUUGGCAUCCCAAAUAUCUGCGCUGCGCUGUCCGCGUAACAUUCGCACCCGAGGGCUGGCGUUUGUGGAGGACGACCCGGAGUUGGAGAAGACCGCGCGGAUUGCGGUGGCACUGAAGGAGAUCUGCAUUGAGAUUGCCACGCUAAAGGAUGAGAAAGGGCAUCCAUAUAUCGCGAAGCUGCAGCUACCGUCGAAGAAGAAAACCCCUCUGUACUACGAGCGUAUCCCGAAACCGAUCGAUCUCGGUCAGAUCGAGGCCAGCAUCGAGCAGGGUGCCUAUCGGCUACCGAAGGCGUUCGAAGACGAUCUGCUGAUCAUGCUGAGCAACGCGAUCAAGUACUUUGGCAUCAGUUCGCCUGAGGGAGUUGCUUCGGAGGCCCUCAAAUCGCACUACUAUACCUGCAAGGCCCAGCAGGUGCCCAAACUGCAGGCGUACAUCGGCGAGGACAACGAACUGUUGCGUGGUUUCGUGCCGAAAAAGGAACCGGACGAGACGGUGCCGCCAAAGUCGAAGCGCGGACGCCGCCAGGAGCAACCAGAGGAUAUCAUACGCUGCAUCUGCGGGCUGUUCAAGGACGAGGGUCUUAUGAUCCAGUGCUCCAAGUGUCUGGUGUGGCAGCACAUCGAGUGCACGAAGGCGGACCCGAACGUGGACAACUAUCUGUGCGAGCGGUGUGAACCGCGUACCGUCAACUACGAGAUCCCGUUGAACGAGUUCACCGAGGAGGGCUACCAGUACUACGUGUCGCUGAUGCGGGGCAGUUUGCAGAUCCGCCAAACGGACACGGUAUACGUGCUGCGGGACAUCCCGAUGGACCCGGAUCCGGCCGACGGGCCCGGAGCGCCCGUCCGGAAGCACACGUACGAAACGAUCGGCAAGAUCGAGUAUAGCGAGUGCGACAUCUUUCGGGUGGAGAGCCUGUGGAAGGAUGGCGAGGGCCGGCGGUUCGUGUACGGGCACCACUAUCUGCGGCCGCACGAAACGUACCACGAGCCGACGCGCCGUUUCUACCCGAACGAGGUGAUGCGGGUGCCCCUGUACGAGGUCAUCCCGAUCGAGCUGGUCGUCGAUCGGUGCUGGGUGCUCGAUCCGGUCACCUUCUGCAAGGGCCGGCCAGUCGAUAGCGCCGAACCGCACGUCUACAUCUGUGAGCUGCGCGUGGACAAGAGUGCGCGCCUGUUUUCGAAAAUCUCGCGCCACUCGCACCCGGUCUGCAUGAAGUCGUACGCGUUCCACAAGUUCGAGCAGAAGCUCAAGAUAGCGAAAACGUUUGCGCCUCACGAUCUUGGUUCAUUGGCGCAUUUGCUGUCGAUCAGAGACAAGCAGAAGAAAGGCUCCAGGAAGGACGACGGUGGCACCGGCGGACAGACGGCUGGAGGGCUAGGUUCGGCAGGUGGCUACGGUAUCGGUGGUAAUGGCGGUGGAAGUCACUCCAUUGGUUCGAAGAAGAUGACCCCGAUCGUGCAGCUGUUGCCACCACCGCCAAAGACACUCGCAGAGAAGCGCAACCGGCUGGAGCAGGUCCUGUCCCGUUUGAUGCAGAAGCUGGCGCUCAAUCCGGGCGCACUGCCGGUGGUCGACAUAUCGUACCUGCUGACCGGGCGUGGUGCCCGGUUGCGACGGACCAACAACUCGACCCCGGUGCCGAUUAUUUGA